AAAACGUGAAGCACGAAGCAUAUAUGAAGUUCAAUAUGAUGUCAGUUAAUUCUACUUCUAGUAUAGAUUUAAUAUAAAUAAAAAUAUUUGUAUAAACUGUGCUUUAAUGAUAGUAAUGCUUAAAUAUAUGAAUUAAAUUCGUUUCUAGUCGAGACUUAGUCAAAAGAUUCAUUCAAAAAUAAUGGAAGAAAUAUCUGGCGUAACAAUAAUUAUCGUGCUAGUUAUUAUCAUCGUGUUUGCUUUUUCUUUGCUUUUUGUCAUCGAAGAUUUCUUUUUGCCAAACUCUGUUUUUGAUGUCCUUUUCCGAAGACGACCGAAAGAUAUUAAUGGAAAGCAUGUUGUUGUGACCGGUGGAUCCAGUGGUAUAGGAAAAUGUGUUGCAAUUCUCGCUGCAAAACAUGGAGCACAUGUGACAAUAAUUGCAAGAAACAUUUAUAAAUUACAAGUUGCAAGAAAUGAAAUUAUCCGUGCGUGCAAAGAUGAAGAUGUUCAGAAAGUUGAAUAUCUAGCUUUAGACAUUGGUAAAGACUAUAAUGCUGUCGAAAAAGCCCUGAGUGAUUUAGAAAGAACUAUGGGUCCAAUAUAUAUGUUAGUGAACUGUGCUGGAACUGCGAUUUGUGGCAAAAUUGAAGAUACCUCAGUAACAGACUUACAAGAAAUGAUUCAUACUAAUUUCUUAGGAUCAUAUUAUUGUAUCAAAGCUGUUGUUCAAAGAAUGAAAGCUGCUCAAGAAGGAAUUAUAGUAUUGACUUCUUCUCAAGCUGCAUUAUUAGGUAUAUUUGGUUAUUCGGGAUACUGUAGUACAAAAUUUGCAUUACGCGGUUUAGCAGAAAGUAUAUCUAUGGAACUUGCACCAUAUAAUAUUUCUGUGACUCUUAGUGCACCUCCAGACACUGACACUCCAGGUUUUGCUGUAGAAGAAUUAUCUAAACCACUUGAAACAAAACUUAUUUCUGAAACUAGUAACCUUGUCAGUCCUAAUGUAGUAGCAGAAAAACUUUUUAAAGAUGCAUUGAUUGGAAAAUUUUUUUCUACUGUCGGUGUGGAAGGAUUUAUGUUAACUGUACUAUGCUCCGGAAUGUCGCCGUUUCAUUCGGUUUGGCUAUUAAUUUGGGAAUCAACGCUUAUGGGCAUUUUUCGUCUUGUAGGUGCCUUCUAUCAUGUGCAUUUUCAAAACAUUAUUCGGGAUUGCAUAAAAACUCGCGAUAAAAACAAAAAAUCUAAAUGAAGAUUUUCCACGAGCCUAUAUAAAAGAGCCUUUGUAUAAUGCAUUUAUAACUUUUUCCAUAUAUAUAUAUAUAUAUAUAUAUAUAUAUAAUAAAUAAACUAUGGUAAGAGAUUU